AGCUGCAGCGGUUGCGGUGCAGCGCACAGUCCUGGCGAGCCAGUCGUGACUCGGGGCGCGCGUGGAUCGGGCGCUUCGCUUCGCGGGGCUCCAGUGGGGACUCGGCGCGCUCGGGGCGGCUCGGGGUUCGAGCCGCCGCGGUUGCGGAAGGACAGGCGGGCUCCGCGGAGAUGUUUGCUGGAUCUAAUACAGCUGAUGAAAUACCUGCCCUUUUCUGCUCAAGUGUGAGUGUUGGAGGCCAGCUGCUCUCUGUCUUUGUUUAGUCACGAUGCAGAAGAGACAAGGCUACUGCAGCUACUGUCGUGUCACCUAUGCCAACCUGGAGCAGCACUUGUUUAGCGCUCAGCACAGGACUGUGACUAGACAGAGUAGACAGCGGCUGAUAAAUAACAACAGUUUGAUGGAACGUUUCCUGCAGGAUGUUCUGCAACACCACCCCUGCAAUUACCAGGACAACAGAUUAGCACCGUGUGAGAUGCCUACAAAUACCACAGCACCUGAGGUGAUUCGUUUGGAUGAGAUUUUCCCAGACAAUACUGAAGCUGAAGAAAUAAACUCCAAGCGUUCCGAGUCUGUUGAAGAGCUGAGUGCUCUCCCUGGCGUCUCUCAGAACUCCACGAAAGAGGUUUCAGUUCGACCAUCAGUUAUUCAAAAACUAGAGAAGGGACAGCAGCAGUCUUUGGAGUUUAAUAAAAUUGAGAGUUGUGUAAGAAAAAUUAAUCCAGUAGGUGUUGGUCAAGCUACAAAUAGUGGCAAAAGUGUAAUCCGUCUUCCUGUGAUUUGUAAUGCUAGAUGUUUGCCUGAAAGUUCUCAUGCUAGGCCAGUUGUCGUGAGUACUAGUAGGGCACCACUAGCAGCCUCUUCAGCGUUAGUUAGCAAAUUUAACCCAAGCAAAGAUGACAGAUAUGUUAAGGAGCUAGAUGAGGCCCCUAGAAAUCAUAUGCCAUCAUGCCAUCUGGAAACUUCUUCAGGUUCUUAUGAGAAUCCUAAAGAAUCAAAUGGAAAAUCUGUAUGUGUGAAUUUAGAUAAAUUGCUUUACCAGAAAGAUGCAGAAUGUCAGGGUGAAACUUUGUCACCUAUCUAUAAAUUCCAUGAACCGAAGGAUACUAAGAGUUCUGUAGGAGUAGAAUCUUCUUCCAGCAUAGCAGUAAACUCAGUAGUAAAGCUGAAUAAACCUGAUGUGUCAUCUGCCCAGUGGAUCUCGGUAGGUGCCAUUCCAAAGCACCAUGGGGAAUUCCUGUCACGUGAAGAUUGUACCCAGGAAGAAAAGCAUUUGGUUUGUAACAAGCCAGGGGUUUUGAAACAGAAGUGUUCAGUGAGUGCUACAGUGAAGUUGGAUCGAGGCUCUCUUCAGUCAGUGUCUGUCCCAGCCCGAAAGGCUGUACAAGAGCUACACCUUUGGAAAGAGGAACAAGGUGAUCACGAAGAUGAGAACUGUGGAUCUCGAGGUUCUGAAAUGAGUUUCAAAUAUGAUUCCUUUUCUCAUUCACCAACUGAUCUAUCUGAAGUGACUGCCAGAAAAAUAAACCUUUCAGGGGAAAUACAUGCCCCUUUACAGUACAAGAGUAAUGAAAUAAGCUCAGAGAAGUGUGACGAUUCUCUUCAGGUGGUUGACAACCAACCUCAAGUGAUUAAUAAAGAAAAAAACCCUCAAAAAGUAACAUGCAUUAGCCUGGUUGAUGAAAGCUAUGAUUCCAGUGGUUCGGAAAUGAAUUUUGAUUGUGAUAACUCAGCUGAGCCAACUGACAACGACCCCCAACAGGCUGACAUAGAUGUAGUCUUUCCUGCUGGGGUUCCCAUUGAUUUAGUUGAUAGGAGCUAUGGAUCUGACAGCUCCAAAGGAAGGGCUGCUUCUGUUGCCUCAAUUGAAUUGGUAGUUGAGGAGCCCCCAGUGAAUGUCACAAAAAAGAAACUUCACAGGAGGCCUCGCAUUUGCCUGGUGGAUAAAAGCUGCAAAUAUGGUUAUUCCGAAUCAAGUUCUGACAGUGAAGGUUUCCCUCAGUCAGCAGAUGACCAUCCCCGAAUGACUGUUACGGAAGGAAACCAGAAAGGUAGACCUGUCCAGCUCAAAAAUAAGAAAUAUAAGCCCAGUAGUGCCAAAGCACAUCUUGCUUGUGGUGUUUCCCUUGAGGCAGUGAAUCAACCCCAGGGAGAUGUUGAAGGAAUAAAACUUCUAAAAAAGAAGGAUGCUGGCCUUGUGCAUAUGAACUGUGAGUCUCAUGCUCCUGAAAUGGGUUUUCAUGCUAAUGCUGAAUUAGUAGCCAAUGAAUCUCAAGUAGCAGUUAAAGAACUAAACCUUCAGGCAGUAGAUACUGACUUAGACAAUAAGAGUGUUCAAUCUAGUAUUUCUGAUCUAAGUUUUGAGUCGAAUGAUUGUCUUUAUCAGUCAGCUAAUGAUGAUCUUGAAGGGGAUUUAGGUGAAGUAAAUCUUACAGAGGUAAAUGUUGACGUGGAAGCUCAGAGCAGUGGGUGCUCCAGUUCUGAGUUGACAUUUGAUUCUGAUUCCCCUCUUCUAUCAGUUACUGAGCGGUCUCAGCUGGAUGUUGAAAGACUAAAAGAAGAUCCCUUUAACCUGGAAGAGGAGAGCUGUGAGUCAGAUAGCUCUGGCAUAACGUUUGAUUCUGAUAUUGCUACUUUCUCAGUAGCUGACCAACCUCAAGUAGCUGUUUAUGAGGAAGAGCCUGUUGAUCUGGAAAAUGAGAGUGAUGAAUCUUGUGUUUCUGAUAUAACUUUUGAUUCUGAUAUUCCUCUUCAUUCAGGAAAUGAGCAAGCCGAAGUAGCUGUUAAAGAAGUAAUCAUUCAGGAAGAAGAAUAUGUACCCUUAGAAAAGAAGAAUGCUAAUCCCAGUGGUUCUGAAAUCAGUUUGGAUUCUUAUGCCCCUCUUCAUUCAGUGACUAAUCCUCCCGAAGUAGCCGUUAGAAAACUAAAUUCUCAAAAAGAGCAGCAGGUACACUUAAAACAUAAAGAAAACAAACCUACUGAUUCUGAACUAAAUUUGAGUUGUGAUACUUUUCAUUCAACUACUGGGCAUUCUGAAGAUCUCGUUAAUGACAGAAACUUUCAGAAAGAAGAGCACGUACAGUUAGAAAAUAAACAUCACAAAUUCAGUGUAUCUGGAACACGACCAGAUUCUGACAUCCCUCUUCUGUCAGUGAUUCACAAACCUCAAGUAGUUGUUAAAAAUAUUUGGCUUCACAAAGAGAAACAGGCUGGAUUUCAAGGCAGAAGUGCUGACUUUAGUGCCUCUGAAGUAAAGUCUAAUGUUCUUCACUGCCCAGUAACAGAACCUCAGGUAUCUCUUAAAAGAAAAGAAAAGAAGAAACAUAUUGAAAAGAAGACUGAUAAAUAUGGCGAUUCUGAACUAAUUUUGAAUUCUGAUGACCUUCCUCAGUCAGUGCGUAAAAAACCUCGACUAGCUGUUUUGCAGGAGGACCUUGUUCACCCAGAAGGUGAAGGUACUCAAUGUAGAGGUUUUGAAGCACAUUUGGAUGUUACUGGCUCUCUUUGUUCAGUCUCUGACCAACCUCAUCUGAUUCUUUGGAAUGAAAAACUUGUUAAUCUGAAAGACAGAAGCAAACUUAGUGACUCUAAAAUAAGUUUUCAUUCUGUUGAGCAUCUUCAGUCAUUGGCUGAACAACAUCACAAAGUGAUUAAGAAAAAGACUAUCAUCCUGAAAAGUAAGAUUGAUGAGCCUGGUUGCUCAAAAGCAAUACAUAAUUCUGAGGUUCUAAAGUCUGCAGCUGAUCAACCUGAAGUAGCUGUUAAGUGGAUAAGCCAGGGGAAAGAAUAUAGAAUAUUCUUGGAAAAUAAGAGCAAAAACAUUUAUUUUGAAACAAAUUUGGAUUCAGAUUUCUUGGUUCAAGCAAUAGUUGAUCGACCUAACAUAGCUGCUGCGAAGUCAGAGGCAGAAGGUAAGUGUGAUCCAUCUGGUGAUUCUGAAGGAAACUCUGAUUCUGCUGCCUCUGUCCAGCCAGUGGCUGACCAGCUGAGGGAAAUGGCGAAAGAAACAGCUCCGAGGAAGAAUGAAGAUGUUGACAUUGAAGGUAAGAGGGCUGAAGCUGAGGGUUUUGAAAUUAUACAUGAUUCUGAUGUCCGUCAGCCAGUGACUGGCCAAACAAAAGUCAUUCAAGAGGUGAAACUUUUGAAAAAGCGUCUUGGUUUGGAAGAUAAGAAUGUCAAACCUAGUGGUUCCAAGAUGAAUUUUUAUUCUAAUGAACCCCCUCAAUCUGUGACUAAUGAGGAGCCUAUUAAAGAAGCAAAUCUUCCAGUGAAGGGACAUGUUUGUUUUGAUGAUAAGGGCUAUCAAUCUGACAAUUCUGACAUAAUUUACAUUUCAAAUAUCCCUUUCCGGUCAGUCAUUCAGCAACCACAGAGUUUGCAAGAGAAGUGUGCCAGUUUAGAAAUGAAGAGCAGCGAUCCUCAUCCUACAACAAGUUUUGAUUCCAAUGAACCUUGUCAGUCAAUGCCUGGCCAGCUUCAAAAAACUGUCCAAGAAAUGAAUCCUAAGGAAGGCCAUAUUUACCCGGAAGAUAAGAGCUGCAAUGUAGUUGGUUUUGAGGGAAGUUAUGAUUCUGAUGUUCCUGUCCAGUUUGUGGUCGAUCCUUCUCAUGCAUCUGUCAAAGAAAUAAAUGUGCAGGAGGAGGACCAUAAUGACCUAGAAAAUGAGAGCUAUAAAGCCUGUUGUUCUGAAACAAAAUGUGGUUCUGGCAUUCAUCUGCAGUCAGAAGUUGAUCCACCUCAGGUGGCUUGGAAAGAAACAAGCUUUCAAAACAAAGAGCUUUUUGACGUGGAAGGACAGGUCAGUGAGCCUAGUGAUUCUGAAAUGUAUGAUUCUCAUGUCUCUUUUCAAAUCAUAUUGACCCAGUCGCAAUCAGAUGGGGAAGCUGAUUCUCCAGAGGUGGUGGUUGUGAAUGUGGUGCCUGGUGAUUGUGAUGGUGAAGGAAUUUCUGAUCCUGAGAUCCCUCUUCAGUUAGGAACUGACCCACCUCAGUUAUCUAUCGAAGGAAUUUCUGAUUCUGAGAUCCCUCUUCAGUUAGUGACUGACCCACCUCAGUUAACCAUUGAAGAAACCAGCUGUGUAAAUGCAGAAUCUGUGGAUGUAGGAAAGAGCUACUGUGACUUUUGUGGUUCUGAGUUAAGAUAUGAAGCCUCUUCUCAAUCAGAGACAAACCAAUUCAAAAAGACUUUCAAAAUAAUAAACCGGAAUAAUGACUAUAUUAUUCUGGGAGACUCCACUUGUCAAUCUUGUAGUUGUGAAGUAGAUUUUAACGUUGAUGCCUCUGGUCAGUCUGUGACUCACCAGUCACAAGGGCCUGGUCAAGAAAGUUUCUACUCAGAAGAUAAGAGCUAUGAAUCUGAUGGUCCUGAAGGAAAUUUUUAUUUUGAAGGCACUUCUCAGAAAACUGAUGCUGAAGUCAGUCUUUGGAAAGAUCCAGAAUAUACCAGACUUAAUGAUAACAGCUGGGACUCUAGUGGUUCUGCAAUGGACAGUGCUGCCUCUUCUAAGUCCGUGAUCCAUCACACAGCUGAUAGAGAAAACCUUUUGAAGCUGAAACAUGCAGACCUAGCAUGCAAGAGUGGUACAUCUUAUGGUUCUCAGAUAGAUUUUCAGUGUGAUCCCUCAAUUCAGGCUGAUGCACAGCAGCCUCUGGAAGUUAAGAAAACACGCCCACGGAAGAGGGUAACUUUUGACCUAAGAGAAUACCAUUAUUUUCCUUCAAACUCUGUUUCUGUGGUUGAUUCUGUAAAGAACCUGGACGAAGAACCAGAAGUCGUAGAAGAUUCUGAUGAACCAGUCCUUGAAACCUUGCCUCUUGCGUCUCCUUCAGUUUCAGGAGAAACACAGCCUCAAAAAAUGAUAGGUGAUAACACCAAAACUAACUGCCUUGUGAAGAAAUUUAAGAAAGACCAUGUUCAUUGUUACUGUCACAAUAACUGUACAACCAGGAAAGCUUCACUGAAUGAAGAAACAGAGCCUACCUGGCCUGACUCUAACCAGAAUAUUGUAUCCGUUCAGACUCUUCCAGAUAGUGACCAUGUUGCAGGUGGAUCUGCAGAUACCAGUGACAUUUCAGUCAUCUUAGAAAAGACAUGCUGUCACUGUCCUCUAGCAGUGGAGCUGCUUAAACAGAAUUGGCAUUUGGCUUCUCAGAGCCAGGCAUCAAAAGUAAACCAUGCAACUCAAACCAAUAAGUACUCAUUAAAGAAGAGAAAAAUAACCGGACAAGAAGGAUCACCCAAAAGGAAGUGUGUACAGAAUGACAGAAAAGGGAAGAAACAAGCUCAAGUUGUGACAGUUGAAGUUCCCACAACAAGUGCUGAAGUUUUGGAGCCCGGACAGCCCAGUACCCCAGUCUGUGUUUCUUCCGCAGAUGCGAAACGGAAGGAAGGCAGAUCCUCCCGCUCAUCUAAAAGGAAGCAGGGCAGUUGUGAUAGUCAGUUGCAGUUUAUGGGCAAAGGUAAACAGAAUAAUCUUAAUGAGCCAUUGCCUAAGAAAACUGUAAUUAAUCCUCCGCAGAACCCAGUCGUAGCAGGCUCUGACACAAGUGAGAGUGUCGAUGUUCAUCAUAAUGAGAGUGAUGGAAACUCCAGUGGAGCAAGGAGCUGUGCUCCUACACAAAACAUUGCUCCAAAAUCUUUCAUAACAACGGCAAGAUACAAAUUACGGUCACGUUGUGGGAGCAAUGAAUCUUGCGUAUUUUUAGAAAGUAUAGACAAUGUGAUCACUGGUGAGGCUCCCAAGGAUAGUGAUUUCCAGCCGACUCCUUCAAAUCGUAAUGAUGCCAAAGUCUCUCCACAAUCAGUUAAAAAUAAGUGUUUUGAAAGUAAAAGUAAAAAAAAAGUUUCAAUAAGGAAGGCGACAACUAGUAUUAAACCACGUUUCCCCCAAAGCAUUUUUAAAGCAGUUAUUCGCCAGCAAAACACCAGAAUAACUUCUGAAAAGCAGUCAAUUUGGAUUCAGACUAAAGCAAAUGCUAUCAUCAGAAAGUAUACUUUGAAAUACUCUGUUUUCUUGCGUCAUAGAUAUCAGAGUAGGGCCACUUUUUUUGCAGUGAAUCCCAAGAAGAAAAUACCUGAUGGUAUUAGACUAAAGAAGGGGAGGGAACCAGGUAAAAUGCUUUUGAAUUCCUCGGUUCCCCCAGCUCAUUUCCAAGAACGGUUCAGAGCUAUUGCGGGACCCUCUCAGAAGCAAUUGGCACUGCGUUCUUCCAGCACUGUGGGAAGAAAUGAACUUGAUGAUAAAACUUACACUUACAAAAAGAAAACACCUACACUCGUGAAAGCAUACAACUUGAGAAGUUCACGUUACGUUCCGACUGGUGACAGGAUGACAACUCGUCUCUCAAGCAAACAAAGUUAUUGAGGUAAAACAAGUGUUUGUGUUCUGGCUGGUAAAGAAUUCAGUACUUCAAUUGAAAUACAUUUGGUACUUUUGUGCACGUAGCUUUUCCAACUUUGGUGGGAAAAUUAACCUUAAAAUAUUUUGCUACAGAUAUUAUUUUUCAGAACUUUUAUAUUUAUUUAAAUUAGCUUUUAGAGCCCCCGCAUCUUUUUUUUUUUUUUUAAGAUUUCAAAGGAACCUUUG